CAUUUACAGUUUAAUCGGUGCGCGUUAUCAUAGUAUUUAAAAAUGAUACGGUAAAAAGUAUGUUGGGUUGCAGAUUUCGAGUCAGGCGCUUUGUUUUGACGUUUUACCUGUGUUGUGUGUGAGUUCGACAUUUAGCCCAUAAUUAGUAGGUUUGCAUUAUCUUAGAUCUGCCUAAUCUAAUCUGUAGCCUAUAGGCCUAGUGAUGUUUUUGGGUGGUUAGGGUGAAGUGACGGUAAUACCUAUAUGUAAGUGAAACGUGGCGUACGUGCGUAAUGUUUUGUUUUUGUCUGAGUUGCGGUUUCGGAUUUUAAAGCUUCAAGAGGAAUUUAAUUAUUUUUUGGUGAAAUUGGAGGUGUUUUUUAAGUAUCUACCUAAACAUCGGGUCGCAAUGCUUCACGUAACGACACGCGACAUCAGUUGGUUGCAGCGAGUUUUAAACUCAAUUGCAGAAUGCCUAUCAUAAUAAGGUCUACCUUGAAGUGGUACGGAACGUAUUUGCUGAUAUCUAUAAUGGCCCGAAUUAUAUCACUUGGCUUAUCUAAACCGCCGACACAAACUUGUCUGUCCCCAGCGCAACGAUUCGAGAAUUAUGACACUACCGGUAACAGUACGUCCGCUGCGCACUGCCCCCGAUAACCGUCCUACGGCGCAUUUAAACCGGCGCAAAACCGCCUCCUGUCAGACGCGCGAGGACGUGGUCAGCGGCGGGAGGGUGCAGCCGCCCUUAACAAAAAUCACCAAUCAGACCCAAAACCGUAGAUCGUGGCACGUCGGAUACGGCGCGCUUCACGACAGAGACACAACGAUCACGACAAGUAUUACCAUCGAAGCCGUGGCGGGGGCGAUUAGUGGUGCUAGCAGAAGAGUCGAAGGUUGUAAAAAGGAAAAAGUGGCCGAACAAGCAACGCUUCUAGACUCAACACAAAAACGUCCAGCGAUAGUGAAAAAAAAGACAAGAGAUCGACCUCCAGUGCCCAUUCACACUGAAUCCGAUGCCGCCGCCAAUUGCGGUGGCGGCGGCAUGCUGCCGAGGCUGCGUCUAAAAGGGCGGCGCGAAAGCGGCAAUAGCGAUGAGAACGAUAAGCUAGUACAUAAAAAUGGCCAGCCGCCUACCAUUUUAAAAACCGCUGCUAGUUUGGCCAGUUUGAGAAAUUGCGAGACUGUGUUGGCUCUUUCCGGGAUUUUAAGGUCGGCUUCAAGUUCGUCUUCGAUAGGGCCCCUUCAGCCGCAAAACAGGCUUCGAGUAGCACCAACUAGCGGCCACUCACGCCUGUGCUCGCGUUGCUCCAGCCUCCUCACGCUUGCUUCCGGGUCCAGGUAUUCCCUCGAUUCCGUGAACGGAUUUACGCGAGUUCCGACUACUCCCGAGGAAACUUUGCCUCCUAUAUUAUGCAAACUGUGCUUAGAUGAGGUGCCUCUUCUGUGCGUAUCGAGGAUACGGCAGUGUGACUGUGCCUUUUGCUUGAAAUGUAUGAAAUCCUAUGUUGAAUUCGAAAUAUCGGAAGGAGCCUACGACAUUUCUUGUCCAGAUGCACAAUGUUCAUCUCAGGGUGUGUUGGAAGAAGACGAGAUCCAAAGACUGGUUGGUAGUGAUUUACUAGAAAAACACAACAAAUACAGGCUUAAUAGAGAGAUAGAAUUAGACAAGAGUCGAAUGUGGUGCCCCAGGGCGGGUUGUGAGACAGUUUGCCGACUGUGCCCUACUCAGCCUUGCUCGCCCCAAUCUGUGCAGUGCCCAACUUGUUCGACCGAUUUCUGUAGUAAUUGUAAAUUGGAGUGGCAUGAAGCAAUAAUUCUCUUUUAUAUAGGUGUAACCUGCGAUGAACACACCAAACGUCUAGCGAAAGAAGGUAAGACAAUACCAGACGCCGGCAUACCCUUCGAUCCAGAUCUAAUAAAAAGAUGUCCAAUGUGCGGCGUGCCCAUCGAGAAGGAUGAAGGAUGCGCGCAGAUGAUGUGCAAACGCUGUAAACACGUGUUUUGCUGGUACUGCUUGGCUAGUUUAGAUGACGAUUUUCUACUACGUCACUACGACAAAGGGCCGUGCAAAAACAAACUGGGACACUCUCGUGCUUCUGUGAUUUGGCACCGGACACAAGUGAUCGGGAUAUUCGCGGGUUUCGGUAUUCUUUUAUUAGUGGCGUCACCUUUGCUACUUUUGGCUGCACCCUGUAUAGUGUGCUGCAAGUGUCGCAUUUGUAAUGCCGGUACCACCAAAUUAAACCAUGACGAUGAGAUACACGAGGAUAGAUGAUUUGUAAUGACAAAGGACUAGAAGGUAAAAUGUUUUAAAAACUCAAAAAACACUAUGAAGAAGUUUUAAACCUUUUUCCUCAAUAGAUCUUUGACUUUAAGUUUUGCUGUUACUUUAGAUUUUUUAAAAUAUCCAGUUGCGGUGUGGUUCCUCGUAACUUUCUUGGUUAAAAGAUGAAAGAUUCUGUUAUUUUAAAGUCAGUAUUUUUUCAGCAAAUUUAACGAAUGUUACAUACUCACGUAAGUGUAGGGGAAAGGCGGGCAAAAUGGGGGAGUUUGUCUCCAAAUAAAGAUAACUUUAGUAUUAAUUGACACAGAAACUUAAAUUAACGAAAAAAUCAUUUCUACAUAUCAUGCCUAAGUUAUAAGAGCUUAAAAGAAAAUAAAACAUAUACAAGUUUUUUGUUACAGUAAUUUUAGCAAAACAAUGCUAAUUGCCCUGUUUUGCCUGCACGGUCAGGCAAAAUGGGAUUGGACCUUACUUGUAUAACUCACCAACUAAAACGGCUUUGUCAUCUUCGUCUUCAAAUCCUGCGCAUGAGUUAUGGGGCCAGUGGUGACACGUUGAGCAAGCUAUCCAUCCUUCCGUUGACGAAGAGUAAAAAUCUUUACUUCAAAACUUCACUGUCACUUGAGUCAUUAUUUUUCAGAAUAGUGGAGGCUUUAGUAAUUUUUUUCUUUUUUUGGUGAUGGUGCAAGGUUUUCCUUCACAAGAGUUUUCCCUUUAGAAUUUUUAUUCUUUUUUUGCUCAGCUUCCUCUAGCUCGUUUUUGUAAGGCGAAGACGAUAAAAUAGCAGUCUUUCCUCUUUUACGAGAAACUCUUUUCUCAGUUUGUUUUAUUUUAGGGAUUGGAAUUAUACCCUCAGGACUAACAAUCUUAAAGCUCAUCUCUGAACCUUUUGAUGUACCUGAUUUGGAAAUAUCAAUUGGUUCUGGAGUUUUUUCUUUAACUAAAUUAAUUUCCGAUAGUUCUGUUUCAUUCAUAGUUUCACUAUUAUUAUUUUUAGGUGGUUUUUUCAAUAUUUUCAUUUUGUUCAAUAUUUAUUGUUUCGGAAGGCAAAAAGUGUGCAUCAGUGAAAACAUCCAGGAUACACGACCAGGAUUAGCUCUAAGCCAUGUGGGUACUUCUUCAGCGUUUUUUUUGGUUUCAUUAAAGCUACAUCUAGGGCUUGUAGCCGAUGGGUGCAAAGGGGAAGGUAGCAGAUCAAAAUAACUCCAUGUUCCCUGGCGUAAUUAAUAACUUCCAGGUUUUUUGUGUGGGAUGAAUGUCCAUCCAAAAGAAGCAGAAUUGGUGGGUCUUUUGAGGGCUUGGCAAAUUCAACAAAUUUUUUGAACCAAAUGAAGAAUAAAUUUUUAUUUAUCCACCCAACCGCCAGUAACAAUUCCAUCCAUGAAAGCUUGUUGAAUUUUUUUUCUACCAAAUAUAAACAUGGGAAGCAUGUAUGCUCCUGAAGCCGAAAAGCAUAUUUCAACGGUGACGAUCUCACCCCUCUCCCCUGACGUCAAGGCUCCGACUUGUCUUUUCCCUUUAGUUGCAAUAAUUUUAGACAUUCCCUUUGGAUUAACUGACACUCCGGUUUCGUCUACAUUAUAGAUUUUAUCGGCUGUCAGUUGAUAUUUAUCUACAGUUUCGAUAAGUAAGUUAAAAAAAUUACCUACAACCACUUUAUUAAACCCCAUUGCUCGAGCUCCAGGUGUUGCUUCUGGUGUUCUGAUUGAAAGUUCCGGAUGUCGACGCAAAAAACUCUGCAUCCAAUCCUUCCCAGCCAUGCCAAGUUCUUUAUUAAACGGAUGAUCAAGUUACGAGCUCAGCUAAUUGAAAUGCUAAACGUCUGCAUUCAGUCAUCGUUAAACUAAACAAUCUUUUUUCCAUGUGCAUUAAAUAAUUUGCAAGGUCUUGUUCCUAUUCAGGAGUGAAUAUUGCCUUAAAUCGUCAAAGAUUUAGUAACAACAUACCCGGAAUUUUCCCUAGCUUUUUUAACGUUGCGCUCUAAUGUAGAUUGAGGCACAUUAAAACUGGUAGAUGCUCUGUAGUACCCCAUUUUGCCAUUUAAUACUGCUAUUACAGCAUUCUGCAUACUGUCCGUGGAUCAUUCGUGUCGGUCAGAAUGGCGGUUGUACUUAAACACCAUCUGAAAAUAAUAAUUCUUAUUAUUGUUUUAUAUUGGGCGGGUAAAAUGGGGUAGUACCCCAUUUUGGCCUACCCCGUUUUGCUCAAAUGCACAUUUUGAGGUUAGGUAUAUGUCUUCCCUGUUCGAUUAAAAAAUUACUAAACAUUUUUACACAGAAAUAUGCCUAAAUGUGUAUACUUUUCCAUAAAGAAUAACAAUUAAAUAUAAAUUACAAUUAUGGCUUACUUACCUUUUAUUAAAUUAUUGACGAAAAUAUACCUGCACCUCUAAAACAAACACCGCUCGACUGACCGAUAUUCACGCAGCUUCUGAAGUGACAGCACUUUUUGCCAUCGAUCGGGCAGGGUCUUAAACUAAGCUGUACGAACUUUCGGAUAGAUGGAGCUGGCUGUACUAAAAAUAAUCACGGCACCCCGUUUUGCCCGCCUACCCCAUCUUGCCCGCCUUUCCCCUACCGGGAGGGAUCAGUCUCGAGCCUCAUCACCAGGAUCUCUAAAAUCAUAAGAUAUAUAAAAUUCGAUUAAAUUAUUUAUUAAUUAUAAAGAUGUAAUCUGAUAAUUAGGGAUCCAUUUUAAAUUUUGAUAUAUGAACAUUUUUACUAUGUCGGCUCGCUUAUGAUCUUCUUGUGAUUUAAUUUAUUGAGGACGUGCUAUAAACUGUAUAAAUACGUGUAUAUAAAAUGUUUAAUGUUGUUAUUUUAGUUUAAAUCUAGUUUUUACUUAAUAGAAAUGUAUGCAAAUUUACAAAAAAAUAAUAACCUUAAAUAUACAAAAAUGUAUAGAGCUGCUGAUGGUGAACUUCAUGAUUCAAUUAUAAUCGAUGAAGUUGUUUAUUCAUAAGUAAGACUAACCGAACUAAACCGGGAUGAAAUAUCAAAUAUCUAUAGAAGAGAAUAUAUAUAUAUAUAUAUAGACCUAAUAACUUUUCUAUUUUUUAAUUGAGUGUUUACAUUCUACCAAUUGUUUUCAAAAAUAAAACUAUGCAAAAGUAAAGAAAUGUAUUUUUAUACUUUUUAGAAUUUUAAUUGACCGAUUUUUAUGCCUUCAAAUCUCAACUCUCCUUAAAUUAUUAAAAAUGGGACCUUUGUGGCUUUAAUAUAUUUUUAAAAUAAAAUAAUUUUAUAAUUUUUCUUUUGGUAUUACUACUUUAUUUUCUUCAAUAGUCUUAAAAUGCAUUUUAAGAUAUAGCGAAUAAGCUUUAACCUAAGAGUUACUUACAUUUUUAUUUAAGUUAUACCUUUUGUUCGUAGUUUCGCAGCUAUAACGAUCUUUUGCAUUUAAAAUGAAACAAGUAGAUAGGAUCAAGAUAACAUUGUUUACUACUAAAAAAAAUAUUCGAUUUGAACUUAAAACAUUGAAAGGCUAGAAUUAGCAUUAUUAUAGAACUAUGGGCAGUUUCUUUUUGCAACAUAUCUGAUGCAAUGAUGCCAAACGCUCAUGUAGAAAUAACAAAAAAAACACUUUAAAAUAUCAUAAAAAUUUGUCACUUAUUUUGACAGGCACAAAACAAUACUAGGGGAAAGUGUUGUACCUUGGGUCAUUUUUUGGUUUUUUACUGUUAUACAUUCUAGAAAUAUAUAUUUACGAAAUGUAUUUCAUACAUUAGUUAUACUAGCUCUUUGUAUACGUAAUUUAGGUUUUUAAACAUUUACAAACAAAUUUUAACUUUCAAAAAACUAACCAGUUUUUUGAAAAAUACGUUUUAGCUAGCCCUUAAAAGAUGACCCAAGGUACAAACCAGUAAUGUACCUUGAACCAGUAUAUGUUGUACCUUGGGUCAGUUAUAAAAAAAAUAAAUGGAAACGAAUUUUUAAAGAUUUUUCUUAAAUAUCUUAAAGACAUAGAAAAAGUUAUUAAUCGAAUGAAUAUAUUUGCAAACAAAUACUUAUUUAACAUUAAAUCCACUAAAUUCAACAUCAAACUGAAGGUGAGCAUCAUGACGUGCAGUUCCGUUUAUUUUGUGUGGUUGCGGAAGCUUACGUAUAAUAUCGCUACGCAAAAAAUCAUAGGUCUCGGUUGAGUCAUUUAUAAAUUGAAUGGUGCUUAAAAUUCUGCGUACAUAUUUGAGUUCGUUAUGAGUCCCACUAUUAAGUAUUUUGGCAACAUAAUAAGUGAAUGAUUUCUUUCCAGCAACUUUCACUAAAACGAAGUCUCCUUGUUGAAUAUCAAAAUCUUUAGGUAAGUCGUAUAUAUUUUGGUCAUUUAUUAAUUGUUCCUCUCUAGCUACUAAGUCCUCAAAUGUUUCUUCACCACUACUUUAAGUUGAUCUAUCCUCAUAUUUAGCAACGCUUUUUGGUACAUUUUUCAAAACACGUUCUUCAACUAUUCUCUUAGUAGCUGCAUAAACCAGAUGAUGCAUUUGCUAAAGUCUUUCUCUUUUUAAGGCCCUCUAUUUUAUCUUUCUCUGGAGUGUCAGUAAGGAUACGUGACUUUCCUCUAGCUCUACCUGACUUCAUUUUCUGUCGUUCCUCCUUGAAGAAAAUUUGAUAUAGAGGGAUCUCCAUUCGGUUUAACGUUGACUUAUUUACGAUUGUCAGUAGACUGAUCUAAAGGACGAUUGGUCAUAUAUGAUGACAAAAACUCGCUCUCUUCAAAAAUAUUUUCAUUGACUGGAUAAAUACCACUUACUUCAAAUCCCUUCUUAGUUAGAUGUAGUAAAUGUUUUUGGAAAUUCCUUGCCUGCAAGCUCAGCUACAUCAUAAAUCGUAAUGGUUCGUCCAGGAUGCAUAAUCGGAUGAUGACUGUAGUCUGACUCUGAUGCGGCAUUAUAAUAAGUUUUCAUAGGCCCAACAACUGUUCUGUCGAGCGGUUGCAUAUUGUGACUAGUAUGGGGGUGGAACGUAAUCAGUAUAAUGCAAAUAUUCUUUGCAAAAAUAAAUAACUGGGAAAUUCACAUGGCUAUCCUGAUUGUCUAAGACUAGUAAAACUGAAUCUUUAAUUGAUGGUUUCACAUGAUUCUUGAAGUGAUUGAUGCAAAAACAAUAUUUCGUUUGACCAACCGGAUGGAUUUGCACCUCCUAUGGUUCCAACUGGACAACCCUUCAGCAUAUGCGCCUUAAAAUUUAAUCUUGGAAAUAUCAUCAUUGGCGGGAUGUGAUUGCCAAUUCCAUUUAUUGAGGCUAUAAGUGUAACGUUUUGUCCUCGUUCUGCACCGGUCUUUUGACCCAACUGUUUUAUUCCCUUGACUCCGAUUAUUUUUGGUGGCUUAUGGACAGUUGUUAGGCCUGUCUCGUCCCAGUUCCAAAUUUUUUCUAGUGUGAAAUUGCCGCAAGAUAGGCCUUGUUUGUAAUUCCUAAAGAAGAUGGGGAACGAUGUUUGUUUUAUUAAAGGCCGUUGAUCGGGCCAAACUCGUAGGCUCGGGUUUCCGAAGAGACAAAUCUGCAUGUCUUUUAAGGAACUGCCUUAGCCAUUCCUUUCCAGCUAUCUUAUUUUGGGCCCAAGAAGGCGGAUGUAACUUAUUAUUUGUAAUUGCAUACUGGUAUGCUAAGGUAAGAACAUCCAUUUUAGCCAACUCAUAAUGCAGGCGUGCAGCAGUGAGAAGAAGGUUUUUAACUCAACCUCUUCUUUUUUAUUAAAAACCUGUUUCACAUUAUUAGCAGCAACAUAUGAAAGUUCUGCAGCUCCCGAAUUUCUGAAGGAUUGUACGUGUCUGAUAAGCGUAUUUUUGGAUAUGUUAUAGCAUCUUACCGCUUCCCUAAUUCAUAACUCCCCACUGAUGCAUUUAUUAGCUGCUGCAAUUAUAUCCUGGGAGUUUAUGUGCGCUCUUUUUGCACCUACUUUACUUCGAGGCAUUUUUAUAUGACUAUCUGAAACAAUAGAAAGUCUUUUAAGAUAUACCUAUAUAAUUAAAAUAAAAGUAAAAAUGAUAUUAUUUUCAAUAAGAUUGUGCUUUGUAAUAAGUCAUGUACCUUGGACCGGUCCAAGGUAAAACAGUUUUUCUUCACGACGCCCACGGACAAGCAUCACAAAUUUGAACGUAGCCGCUGUCAAGAAGUUUAUUUUGAAAAACCGCCGUACUACAGUGCAGGAAAUUUGUCAAUCUGAAAAUCUUGAAAAAGUGCGACAGUCUUUCCGACCAAAGAGACAUGGUUGCAGUGUAAAAAAAUGCUCCUACUCCAAGAUAACGCCAUACCGCAUACUGCCAAAAUUACACAACAAAAAAAUUCUCAAAUUAGGGUGGACUACUUUGGAACACCCUCCCUAAAGUCCGGACCUCUCUCCCUGUGAUUUCUACUUGUUCGGGCCUCAGAAGGAAGAGCUUGGAGUGAAGCGAAUCAGCAGCAACCAGCAGGUCAAAAGCUUAAAGUGUAAAUGGCUAGAGAGCCGACCUCAUUCAUUCUACGAAACGGGCAUGAAGAAACUUCCAAUUCAAUGGGACAAAUGUAUUCAAAAGGGAGGGAACUAUGUAGAAAAUUUUAUUUUUUGUUGAUAAGUUUUUGCAAUAAAUUUAAAAAAAAGGUUGGUUAAUAUUUGAUCCACCCUCGUAUUUUCGAAAUUUUUGAAAUAACAAUAAAAUUGAAUUACCUAUUAAGGUUAUAACUAAUGGUAACAUUGGUAACAGUUUUUAAAAUUAACUAAAGAAAUGCCCCUUUUAUUUUCAUAAUUUUCUGUAAUAUUGGGAGUAUAUUUACGAAUAUGAAUGGGUCGCUGGGUCAUUUCUUGGCAAAGGCUGCAAAGGAAUUUCUAAGGAAAUGUAGGAUGACGAUGACUCCACAGACUUGUAUUUAAUUUCUACAGACUUUGUAACAUUCUUGAGAUUUUUGGGUAAUGGGCUCAACGACAUACAGCUAUUUGCGGCUUGCUCCGUCAGUUCCAAAGGAUAGGUGGAUUCAAUUGUGCGCUUCAUUACCGAAAGGGAAAAAUUAAAAGAAAUCUGAUAUUUAAUUUGAAUUACUUUUCAAUCAAAUAAAAAAAUGAAACAAUAUGACACUGAUGUGUUUUUGAAGGUGGUAGACAAUGGUACAGUGAAAACAUCUUGUCGGACUUGCAUUGUCUUAUUUAUUUAAUGUAAGAAAACGUCAAAAAAAUUUUUGACAAACUAUAAAAUGAAUGUCAAAUAAACGUCAAAUUACUUUUUACGCAGUAGUGCCUAAAAAGACUUUUUCUUCGGAAAAAAAUUGUAUGUUACACGUGUGUUAAAUCCUCUUUUUCUAUUCGUUCAUAAAAAAAGAAUCAUUUUACACACUUAUUACAUAAAUAACUAUCAUGCAUUAGUUUUUCUACUGUUGUUUUGUGUUUUUUUUGUUUUUUUUUUUUAAACAAAAAUUUUUAAAACUGUACAAAUUCAUCGAAAACAAUGAUUUAUUUUUUUAUGAGAUAAGGAGUUUUGCACCCUUAAUGAUGGCGCAAUUGGAAACUGGUCAUUACUAUUUUGAAUAGGCUCGUAAUGUAUUUUUUUGGUAUUACUUGGUGUUGAUUCCCACGUUUCAAAUUCACUUUGAAAGCUAUUUCUAUACUGUGUUACAGGUUGUCCUUUUUAUAAACAAUAUUUUUUGCUUUUGUGUAAGGAAUAAGACUAUACUGUAAAUCUAAACAUUCGGGAGAGUAGUUUUUAUAGCAAGACUGAUUCAUUUGCAAGAUUUUAAAUUUCAUUUUGCCUUCGAACAGUUGUAAUAAAAUUUUCAUUUACCUUAGUGGACCAUGUAUAAGUCGUACAUGUUUCUCAAUUACCCUGUGUGCGCGGUCUAUCUCUUUAGCUUCAGAGGGAGCUAGAAAAUUUUGAAGUACGAAAGACAUAAUAGAUUAUUUUUUUUAAUGCAUUUAUUAUCUUCAACCAAUUUUGUCAGGAUCCGUACUAAAGCAUUGGCGAAAUCUACCCCUCACGACGAGUUUACCGCCCUCACUCCACAUACUGUAAUGGACUGUUUUAAUUAAAUUGCAGUAUGCCUAAUUAAAUUAUAGCAAUUUAGCUUUUACUUAUAGAAAUGAGAUGAGAGAACUACUGCUAUACUUUUAUCAUUUUUUUUGUCACUAACUUUUUCUUGUUUUAUUUUUUUAUUAGUUACGUGUGUUUCGUAAAUCUGAACAGUCUCUUCUAAAGGGUUAGUUAGUAAUUUCAAUUCUGUAAAUUUAUUGUAUAUAUCUUUUUUAGGUUUAUGAAUGGAAAUAUUAAGCUCAAUUAAUAAUUUUCGAAUAUAUGUUAAACUUAUUUUCCCAAAAUGUGUCAUGAAUAACUUCUCUAUCUCGAGCACUAAAACUAUUGCUACAACAACUAAAUUUCCAAUUUUGUGUUUUACAGUCAUACUUAAUACUUUUUUUGGGAUGAAUAUUUGCUUUGAUAUCUACGCACUCUUCCCCAGCCUCCCACUUCCUUUUUCUUAUAUUCAUUUUCCAUUUAUUGGAGUUACGAGACCUUUUCCUGAUAAUUUUUUUUGUCGAUGAAGCAUUGACCAUAUCCAUGUGGGUUUGAGCUUGUUCCUCAAUGGGUAUCCCCCCAUGGAAUUCCGUUUCUGCUCGCCUCAUUUUGCUGAUUGUCAAAUUCUUUAUACUUGACUUAUUCAUUUGUAUUAUCAUUCCUAUUUUAUUGUAGGUUUUAUAUAGUAUAAUUUUCCAUAAUCAAACUGUAUUUAUCUACGACUAAGUAUUGGAAAUAUUUAGACUCUCUUUGAAGAUAUUUCUUUUUAUGUUCUCUGAAAUGAAAAUGAGAAAGUGCAAUUUAUUUUUAAAUAUUCCAAAAAUCAAUAUAAUAAUUUUUCAAUUUUCCUGGUCAAAUUCGAGCGACCCAGUCAUGGCCUAGUUGCAGUUUUAUUAUAUUAGGUUUUUUAUUUAUUUGAACGGUACAACCAAUUUACAAGAAUAUAAUAAAAUACCUAUUUUUUUACCAAACAUUAGUAUUAUAUUAGUCUAACGGGAAGUUCCUAAUAAUAAGACAGCAUAUGUCAUAGGAGAAUUUUAAUUAUUAGAAAUAAUUUUUUGGGAGGAAGAAAAACCUUCUGUUUUCUGUCUUUUAGGCACUGGUUUUGUUUAGAGCGUUGAAAAAAUUAAACCACAAACCCUGCUGUACUACAAAUUUAUUUGCAUGAACCAGCAAACAAUUUGACUCCUUUUCCUAAUAAUGAGAGUAGAGAUAUAAUCGAUGUCGAGAGAGAGAGAGAGAGCGAGAUUACUUUUUUCAGCUGAGACGCAAGAUGACCCUUGCCUCUUGAGAAAUUUUAAUUGAGUGCCGAGUUAUCUCCGUUACGUCGCACCCUCGCUACUGGAGCAGGUAACGUACUUAAUGCUGAUUGGUGCGCCAGGGAAGAAUAAUAUUGCCGAUUUUUUAUCUAACGGCGAGCAGAAAGAUAUUCUAAGAAAGUCGGCAGUUCUGAUGCGGUUUUUUGCUUGGUUGAUAUUUUGGGUUAAAAAACUAUUUAAAAUGAGAACUGAAAAUAUAUCCAUGCGCGAUAAUUUCGAACAAUAUGUUUAACAGAUAUUAUACAAAACCAAUAAACUGAAAAAAGCUAAAAACUAAAUACUUUAGGUAGCUUAGAUAAGCAGCAUAUGAAAAAAAAUAACAGUCUACAAAAAUUGAUUUGACUCAAAAACAGCCGAAAUUUUAAGCUCACAACUUCGCGGUAUACUAUACACAAGAGAACUAAACGGAGAGUUUAUAUAAAUAUAGAAAUAUUUAAUGGUUAUAAGGUCAUAAUCAUUGGAGCAAUUUUUCGUUUUAAUGUAGCUAUAGUGCGAAUAAACAGGUCAGUAUCAUUAUUUCUGUGUAAAAUAUUAAGCCAUGAGCAAGCUCGAUAUAAAAAUACAUUUCUUGCUAAGUUACUAGUUCUAUUUUCUAAAUAAAAAUUAAGGUGUUUUCUAGUGUGCAUAGGGGGACAAAAAGUUUAGGUCCCUUAAAAGUGAGGUGCAUGAAUUUUAUAGUUGCAUAGUUUAAAGAAAAAAGCUGGCUGCUUAGAAUAGCGCAGUGCUUCAGAGAUAAAAAAUAUAACUGUGCUUAAUUUAUAAAUGAAUAUUUGAGAUUGACAUACACUCGCACUUUUUAAUAUUCAGAGGUAGUUUAUUUAUUGACAGUACAAUAAAUAAACUGCUUUAGCAUCAAUGCCUCUUUGCAAUAGAUCAUAAUUCUCUUUAGAUUCUAUUAUGCGAAAUAUUUUUAAGUCACCUGCAAAUAAAAAAUACUCAGACAUAAUGGUACCAGUGAUAUCAUUGACAAAUAUAGAAAAAAUUAAUGCUGCAAGAUUGCUUCCUUGGGGGGGCACCACUCAGUGUGGGAUAACAAUUUGACUUAAAACAAAGCUUUUAUGCAUUGGCGGAAUUUUAGAAAAUUUCCAAACAUCUGGAAAAGUGGAAGUUUUUAUAGCAAGAUCGAAUAUAAGGAGCAGGGGGGCUGUGAAACAUUAUGCACAAUCUCGAAGAAUAAAAGGAGGGAUCAUAUUAUGUCCAGAUGAGUGUUUGUUUUUAAUUUUUUGCAGUGUAGUCUUCACUUCAUUUUCAGUGGGUUUAUUAAUAUAUUAUGGGAGCAGACAUCCGGGCUAAGGUGUGUAGGCACUGGAUGCGAUGAGUCGACGUAACACUCUUAAAAAAGUCAGCAAAAUCUUUGACAAUGCAUUAGGGUGCUAUAAAUGAGGAACGACCCAGAAUCACCGAAGCAGGAAUUCAGGAAAUGUUUAUCCUUUAUUCGUCAUUAACGUAUUUCCAAAAUUGUUUGGGAUUAUUUUUUACAAAUGACUCAGUUUUAUAUAUAUAUAGGCAUCUCAUGUUUGUUAGUCUUCUAAUAUUAGAGAAUGCAAUAUAGUUAGAAUGAAGUUUAUUUUUCCUGCAUAUUUUAUGUUUCCUGCAAGUUUUCAUUUCUUUCGUAAAUUUUUGGUAAUUUCAUUUGUAUACCAUACAGGGUAUUUUAAUUCGUAUUUGUUAAAUUUGAAGAGAGGCACUGUUUGGUCGAGUAUAUCUUAUAGAUGUUCAUAGAAAAGUGAUACUGCUAGAUUGACAUCAGACGCAGUAGUUAAAAACUGCCAAUUGGUCUCUGAGAGGAGUCUAUAAAGCAGAGGGUAAUUAGCCUUUUUAAAGUUGUAGCAUUUGCUAUUAGGAUGGGUUUGAAAGGAGCCACAUGAUAAUUUAUUCUCCAAGACCAGAAUGACAUUGAUGCUGGUAUGCGAUUUACCUUCAGGAACAAGUGUUCGAUUUUCUUUAGGCGCCUCACACUCAAAAUUAUCAGGGCGUUUGUGUAUGCGGGUUCACACACGUAUUUCUAAUUAGUUUUUCGAUAAAAAAAUACACUGUUUUACCACUAAAGGUAUACUUUGUUAUGUUAUCUUAAGUGUUCAUUUUAUCUACAUUAGAGAAGUAAAAAAGAAUUAUACAUAAAUAUAACUUAGUUACUUAAACUAACUAAAACAAACUUAAGUCUAAAAUGUGCAUCUUAAGAGCUAUGCUUACUCUACUGAUAACAUAAAUUAACUAAGGGUUAAUUUACAAAAUGAUAUUAUAUGUUUAACAUUUGAAUUGAACUCACCUACUGUAAUAUUUAAAUUUUGCCAAAGUCAUUAUUGUAUAUUGGCAAUACACCAAUUUUUGAAAUUGCACGCUUUACGGCACCAUGGAGCUGUAUUAUCGUCUUUUAUGAUUACUAAAGUCCCUAUUUUUUUUUUGCGGGUGGAAAAUGGAUUA